AAGGCAGCAGUGGUGUUAGCUGAACUCGUGCAUGAGCCGAAGAGCCUCGCUGACUACAACAAUGAGUGAGAGCAGCAGCAGCAGCAGCAGCGGGCAUGUCCAGCUAAUGUGAAGUAAAGUUUACUUCAGUGAAACAACAUACAUGUGCUCAUUGGAGGUUUUUCCACAGCACUGUGUCAAAUGGAGCUGGAGGACCAAUGGUGGACAGGACAACUCGCUGCCGAUAUCUACCAGGCGCUCAGAUACAGAGAGCUCAAGCUGCCCUCCUUCAAAGGCCAGUCCCCUCAGCUCAGCCUGAGACGAUACUUUGCUGACCUCAUAGCCAUCGUCAGCAACCGCUUCAGGCUGUGUCCUGCAGCCCGACACCUGGCCGUCUACCUGCUGGACCUCUUCAUGGACCGCUAUGACGUCACUGUGCAGCAGCUCCACAUGGUCUCACUCUCAUGUCUCCUGCUGGCCAGUAAAUUUGAAGAAAGGGAGGACCGGGUCCCCAAGCUGGAGACUCUGAACAGCCUGGGGUGCAUGAGCUCCAUGAACCUGGUCCUGACCAAGCAGGGUUUACUUCACAUGGAGCUGCUGCUGCUGGAAACCUUCCAGUGGAACCUGUACCUCCCCACAGCCGCUCACUUCAUAGAGUACUACCUGUCCAUCGCUGUCAAUGAGGGGGACCUCCAUGAUGGCUGGCCUAUGACGUGCCUGGAGAAAACCAAACUCUACAUGGCCAAAUAUGCCGAUUACUUCCUGGAGGUUUCCUUGCAAGAUCAUGUGUUUUUGUGUUUCGCCCCCUCACUGGUGGCGGCUGCGUGUGUGGCCACCUCCCGCCUCAUCCUCCACCUGUCCCCAACAUGGCCCAACCGACUGCAGCGUCUGUCAGGCUACUCGUGGGACAACCUCGUCCCAUGUGCCGAGAAGCUGCUCAUUGCACAUGACAGUGACGUCAAAGAGGCCAACAAGCAGAAGUGUGUGCAGCCCGAGCAGCAGCAGCAGCAGCAGCAGCAGGGCCAGACGGCGUUCAACAGUUCAGGCCAGACAGCCACUGUGGCCCCGUACCUGCAGCGGUCCAGCAUUCAGUAUCCCCAGCAGGCCCCCAACCACAGGCCCGCCUCAUACCUCAGCCACUCCACCAGCAGCCUGCAGGCUCCUAACGUCCCCCAGCACGCCGCCGCCCAGCCCAUCACUACCUCACUGGAACCAAAGAGCAACAUUCCCAACAGGGCUUACCAAGUCAGCAUGCACUACACCUGCGCUGCUCCCUGCUUCGACAGAUGAGGUGUUUUUUUUUGUGGAGAUGAGGGAUGUGAUGUUUCUCCAGAACAUAGCAGUAUAUGAAGAAAGAAAAAAGGUGUGUUUUUAAUUUGAAAAAGAAAAGAAAGACUUGAUGAGACUGGUAGAGCACUUUGAACCAUUAAGUGUACUCCAUGUGCAGUAUGCAUGCUCUGCUGUGGAGAGAGGCUGCAUCAGGAGUUUAGUUUAGUUUGAGAUAUUGGAUAUGAAUGUUGUUGUGAGGUGGCUAGAGGCAGAGUUUGCACCUCUGGACCCACUAGUGUUACUGUAUAAUUUAGCUACAGACCAAAAGUCUUGUAUUUAUUUGAGCCAAAAUACCUCUUGAGUUAUUGAACGUAUGAAUACCUCGUGCCUGUGGCCUUGACGACGAUUGUUGUGCUGAGUUAAAGGGGGUCACAGAAAGAAACCUGCACCUGUGGUUAAGAUGAGAGAGCACAGUCAGAAGAAAUUCUGUACCUCCACAUUUUUUUUUGUUUUGUUUUUUGAUGAGUGUUAUUUGUGAAACUAAAAAAAUAAUUUUCUUCCUCUGGGUGUCACAGUUAAUUUGCAGAGGAAAUGUUGCUCUUCUGUACACAGAGGAUUUCAGUCGGUGCUGUGCACUUCUAUGACCAUAGUUUUAAAUAAAAUACAAAUCUGUGUUAGUUGAA